UGAAAGUCGGUCAUGCCUGCUGUGUGGGUGUGGAUGCUCUUGGCGGUCAUGAGUCUGACACUCGGCCAGUCCAUUAGUGAUAAUGUAGAUAAUGAGGCAACCAAUCCCAGAACUCAGCCGAAAACACAAAAAACAUCAUGUAAAAAGUGCUAUCCAUAUCUGUAUCCAAAGAAGAAGUACUAUGUCGUGCCGAAGAGAUCGGGUGAAAAAAAGCGCCAUAAUGUUGUAUUUCUACUGGAAGAUCGCAAAACGGGAAGACCCAUCAAAGUGGCCUUUAGGCAUGGUCUUAAAAAUAAAAGAAACGUUCGUGUUUUGAAGGGUUUCAAUAACUCCAAUGACCCAUGUCGAUUGAAGACAGGCAGAUGUGUAUAUCGGCUUUUUAAUCGGAAAACUUUUCGCACGUACAGAGUGGACUUCCAGAAGGGGUUUAAGAAUAAAAAGCGAGUUUCUGUAUUAAAGCUAAUUCCAUGAGAUACCAAUACUGCAAUAAAUUAAAUUAAAUUCAA